AUGGCCAACAUUGCAGAUGUGAUCAUUCUGUCAUCCUCUCCAAAUCCACCACGGUCGCCACCUUUGGGUAAGCAUGAUGCAAAGCCGGUACCUCACGCCUUGCCACGAGGUGCAACGCCACCGCCAAUGGGUUCGACACCCGAUUUAGCUCAACCUCACACGCGUUCCCGUUUUUUUCCCACUCCAAUCGCGAGCACCAAGUGUCCUGAGGACGUGACGAAACCAAAAAAGCGAUCGACAAAGAAGGAUCCUACUUCAAGUACCAGCAAGCAAACUGCACCGAGCAAAUCCCGGCAGAAGGCGAAGAAAGUAGCAGAUGGGCCAGGAACAAUUGUGCCUGGGGACCCUCAGCCAGAGACUGUUGGCACCCAAAAUGUCCAAUUGAAACCGACUAAAGGGCUUCCUCGAAAAAAUGCCAAGAGAAAUGAUGCAGGAAACAUGACGCUGGCUGGGAAAGUUACAAAGACAAGCGGUGACCCACCAGCAAAGAAAUCCAGCAAAGGCGGGAAGAAGACGGUUGCCACAAAAUUAUCUCCUUCGGAGGAUGCUCCCGAGAAAUUAACCCCCAAGCCCAAGGAAUCCAAUGUCUUAGGAACGGGUGAGGUGUUGCAUCUGGACGAGGCAAUGAGAAGAAGGAUGGACUGGACACCACCAAGGGAGACCGCUUACGAAGAAGUCGCUACCGUGAACGAUAGCGGAAGCCAGGAUAAAGACCAUGAUCUGAACCUUACGGGUGGGUUUGGCAAGCUGCUAUCCGAUUAUAAUUACUCUGGAUUGGCUUUAAAUCCCCGCGACCUUGUGCAUAAUGCAAAUGGCGGAGGACCAACAAAGCGUCGACGGAUAGAGCUGGUCAAUCCUGAAAUUCAAGCAUUACUCAAUGGAGGGUACUCUGAUUCAAGUGAUCAGAAAUCUGCCCAAGGAGAGAAUAUGACAUCUUUGAGAAAGCCCAAAAAGACAACCAAGGGCAAACCUAAGAAGUUUACCACCCUGACGGCGCGUAUGACUGCUCAAUAUUCAACAAAUGAUGCAGAAGAGGAUGAACCGGUGAUUGAUUGCCUUCCGGACAUCAGAACGACAAAGGGAAAACGAAGAAAGGCCAAAGAGACAGAGAAACAGUCUUCGUUCACUUUGCUUUCCCCGGGAGCGGCUGUCGAAUUUCUAAAUGAUCAAGAUCUUGUAUUCGGCACGUGCAGUCAAUUGGAAAGAGAUGAUUCGCCGCAGACUCUGCGAGAAACUCAGCAAGCCAUCCAUGUGUCCGAGGGUCUUUCGUAUCCGGGGGGGACGCGCGAUAAGGACUCCAGGGCGAUUCAAGAAUCAUCUACUCGUUCUGUAUCAAGGUUGGCAGGCUCCAGAAAUAUGUGGUGUGUUGGCGCCAGAGACACUGAAGGGUCUUUGAUUCAACCAGAAACACUUAGAGUGGUAGACUUGACAGAUGAGGGAGAGCCUCCUACAAAAAAGACCCAUGAUAACGUGGAACAAGCAAGCCAAAAAUCUCUUCGGAGGGACUGGUUUGAGCUUGAAUUCGCAGACAUAGAUUCACCUCCAGAAAAGAGACCAUCAUCGCUACCAUUGACAGAAAGGAGCUUGGAUUCAGACAUGCAUGUUCAAGUUCCAGUUCCAAUCCCGGCAGCUACAGCUACGGCCAUGGCCAAGGCGAAACCUGCGAAACCUGCCAAGCCUGCAAAGGUAGCAAAUAAAACCCCGAUUGAAGCGGUUGAUGCCCAGCCAACUACCUCGCAAGCGCCCUCAAUGCCACAAUAUACAGGAUUUACAGACGUGGAGUUGUCUAAGCAGAUCUCCACUUAUGGCUUCAAGGCAGUCAGGGGCCGCAAGAAGAUGAUCGAUCUCCUUCAACAAUGUUGGGAAUCGAAACACGGUAGCAAUCCUACUUCUGACAGCCAGCCUAUAUACCAACCCGAGCAACCGAAAGAACUUGCCUCUAAAAUGGACAAUGUCCCCGAACCCGCCUCGGUUGCGAAGGCGAAGGCGACGGUCAAGUCUAAAUCAGGAACAUCUAUAAAAAGCCAAAAUUCACUUGGCGCGACAAAAUCAACUUCUGCCUCGCAAACCAGUCUCCAGACAACCCCAAAGAAAAACUUAAGGAAUCCCAUCACUGGGACUUCUUCGUCAUUCAUUGAUGUAGAAGAGAUUCAAGACUCAGAAGAAGAAAUCAUCCCCUCUCCAAGUCAAGUACAAAAGCACUAUACCGACAUCUAUUCAAAAUCCAAGACAGGCAGCCGGGUGCAACACCACUCCUUGGAUAUCCUCACAAAAAGACCAACAUCAAGCCCGACCAAGCCCAAGGUUGUUUCUAAGAUGUCAGUCAAAAGACCAUCAUCCUCUGCAUCCACCAAAGCCACGCAAACAGCAGAAUCCUCUAAAGAAAUCAGCCUGGCAGAAAUAUCUGCAAAGAUCACCCAGGCUGUUCGCGCCCAGCCUCGGCUCUCACCACUGUCAUCAUCUCGCGGUAGCCGUAGUCGACCGACAUGGCAUGAAAAGAUCCUGAUGUAUGACCCUAUCGUUCUGGAAGAUUUCACAGCAUGGCUCAAUAUCGAAGGGCUUGGACUUGUGGGUGAGGAUCGCGAGGUUGGCACUGCAUCUGUCAGGGAAUGGUGCGAAAGCAAAGGAAUCUGUUGUUGCUGGAAAAAGAAUGCCAGCUGGUAA